AUGGCGCAACCCAAUCCAUCUGCCAACCCCAACUUUAAUCGGUCGCUCGACUACCUCAAGCAAGUCCAGGAAACAUUCGAUGCGCAAUCCGAGACGUACCAGCAGUUUCUGAAAAUUCUACGCGACUACUACGAUGCGUUCAGGAGCGACAUCGAGGAUGUGGUAGCCAAGCACAAGGCUGCUAAGGAGGCUGGCACGGCAGACCCUGCGAAGCAGGAUGCCGCAGUCGAACCUGUCGAGUCGGCGGAGGACGUGAGCAAGAAGAGGAAUGAGAGGACGCAGCAGGCUCUGGAAGAUGUCAAGAAGCUGUUCGCCGGCCACGAUGACCUGAUUCAAGGCUUCCAGGCUUUCCUACCCCAGAAUGGUUCGGCGCCAUAA